AUCCAUCACGUCUUUCACGGCGUCAUCUUCAGCCUUGAUGACGUCGUUAAAGGUAAAUGUUGACGGUGCUUUCAAACGUCAGGUUGACCUUUUCACUGAGCCGUACGGUCGUUGCUGAAGCUGUGAUCUGAGAGCUGCUCGGUAUUCUGGAGGAAUGAAAGUCAAUCCUGGUCUCGGCCAAACCUCCGACUCAGGCGUGUACGUGUGCGUGUGUGAGAGGGAGGGGUGGAGCAGAGAUGUAGCUGCAUCUGACGGACGGCCCGCUGCUCAGACGAUGCCUCGGCGGCAGCAGCAUCGCCUCCUCCCCGCUCCGCUCCUGCUGCUCACUGAUGUGCGGCUGCAGUUGUAGAAACCCCGUCUGCCGUGAGAAUGUUUUCGGAGGCUGCUCGUCUGUGGCUCCGUCUGUGUCUGUUCGGCUGUGCCGUGUCUGCUGCCGCUGAGACUGAUGGACUGAAACGGCAGGAGACCCUGAGGAGGAGCCUGGACCAGGUCCAGACAUAUGAGGUUGUUUCUCCCAGGUGGCUGCGUCCUGGACCAAACACACAGCCCCCCACAGAGACCCAGGUGGUGAUCUCAGCCGAGGGUCAGCAGCUUCAUCUGCAUCUGGAGAAGAAUGAGCAGCUGUUGGCCCAUGGAUACCAGGAAGUGUGGUACAGCCCAGAAGGAGUCCGCAAGUCCUCCUCUCCUGCCCCUGCUGGGCACUGUUUCUACCACGGGGCAGUUGAGGGGUUUGAAGGUUCCAGUGUUGCUGUCAGCACCUGUCGAGGACUCAGGGGACUGAUUUCUCUGAACUCAAGCGUCAACUACCUGAUCCAGCCUCUGGUCUCCGGGUCGGCAGGAACUCACGCUGUGUUCCGGGCCGAGAGUCUCCAUCUGCCCACGGGGAGCUGCCUCCAUCGCCACGGCAACAGCGGGACGGAGGAGCGGAUCGGUGACUUCAUCCGCGGAGUGGCGACAUCAUCGGGGAAAGUGAGGGAGAAGAGGGACGUGAGUCGAGCCACGAAGUACGUGGAGCUGCUGAUCGUGGCAGACAAAACUGAGUUUGAGAAGCAUGGCAGUAAUCUGGAGAAAACCAAACUGAAACUUCUAGAAGCUGCAAACCUCGUGGACAAGUACUACAAGGCCUUGAACAUCCGCGUGGCCUUGAUCGGUCUGGAGGUGUGGACCAGCCGGGACUUGAUCAACGUUUCUGAUAACCCUCACAGCACUCUGGCAGCCUUCCUGUCCUGGAGACGCAAACAGCUCCAAGUGUUUCCCAACGACAACGCUCAGCUGAUCACGGGUAAGUCUUUCCAGGGCACCACCAUUGGACUGGCUCCUCUCAAGGCCAUGUGUUCUGACUAUCAGUCUGGAGGAGUGAACACGGACCACUCAGAGUCGGCCGUCGGCGUUGCAGCCACCAUGGCUCAUGAGUUGGGUCACAACUUUGGGAUGAGCCACGACAGCGCCGGCUGCUGUCAGGCCAGAGCGGAGGACGGGGGCUGCAUCAUGGCCGCUGCCACGGGACACCCGUUCCCCCGAGUGUUUAACGGCUGUAACGAGAAGGAGCUGAAGAGUUACCUGAGCUCCGGAGGAGGGAAGUGUCUGUUCAACCUGCCCAACACCAGGGCCAUGUACGGGGGGCAGCGCUGUGGCAACGGCUACCUGGAGGAGGGAGAGGAGUGUGACUGUGGGGAGGAGGAGGAGUGUGACAGUCCCUGCUGUAACGCCAACAACUGUACACUGAGAGCUGGAGCGGAGUGUGCUCACGGAAUCUGCUGUGACAACUGCAAGGUACCAGCACCAAGAGUGCUGUGUCGUGCCCCCUCAGGACCAUGUGACCUCCCAGAGUACUGUGACGGGAAGACAGAACUGUGUCCUGCCAACUUCUACCUGGUGGACGGUACUUCCUGUGCAGCAGGUCAGGCCUACUGCUACACUGGCAUGUGUCUGACCCUGGAGCAGCAGUGUCUGUCCCUGUGGGGUCCAGGUGGCCGUCCGGCCCCCGACCUUUGUUUUAAGAAGGUCAACGAGGCCGGGGACAUGUACGGGAACUGUGGCAAAGAUCUGUUUGGGAAAUACAGGAGCUGUAAGGAGAGAGAUGCCAAAUGUGGGAAAAUCCAGUGUUUGACUUCGGCCUCCAAGCCCAUUGAGAACAACGCCGUGCGCAUUGAGACCACCGUGUCAGUAGGGGGCACCAGAGUGCAGUGUAUGGGAACACAUGUGUAUAAGCAGGGGGACAAGGAGACGCAGGGGGACACUCUGGACCCGGGUCUGGUCAUGACCGGCACCAAGUGUGGAGACGACUCGAUUUGCUUUAAUGGAGAGUGCCGUAAUGCAUCUUUUCUCCAGGCUGAUCAGUGCAACGCCAAGUGCCACGGACACGGGCUGUGCAACAACAACCAUAACUGCCACUGUGACCCCGGCUGGGCCCCCCCUCUGUGUCAGCACCGAGGCUCAGGUGGGAGUGUGGACAGCGGACCUGUCAUCGGCCACAGUCGCCUCUUCCCUGCGCUGCUUGUUCUCCCUCUGGUUCUUUUUGUCCUUCUGGCCGCUCUUGGACUGUGGUGCUGCUACAGACACAGGCUCCACCCACUGAAGGCCACAGUUCCACCUCCAGUGCCAAAUUGUUCAGUCUUGGUGGAGGACAAACCUCUGGUCACUAACUGUCCUGUGAAUGGACACACCAACCCCACCUUCCUGCUGCAGAAGCAGCAGUCAGACCUGGUGACCCCCCCCAGCUGUCCCAGCCCGUCGUCCUCCACCCGGGCCAGACAUCCCAUCGUGCGUCCAGCUGUGAAGCCGCCUCCUGUUCCUGCCUACGCUGCAGAGCAGAACAAACACCCACCUGAGCCUCACCCCCACCCCCACCCUCACCCUGCUCCUUCUUCUCAGGCCUUCACCCCCCCUCCUCUCACCCCUGCUCAGCUGGCCCAGCAGAGUCGGAUGCGGGCUCCUCCACCACUCUUUAGACCUCCACCUUUACCUGUUGAGGUUUCUAAAAGCCACUCAUCUCCUUCUGCACCAAAACAUCGCCCUGACCCCCCAGGUCGACCCCCCCCUCACUGUCCUGUCAGCAGACCCUCAGGAGAAAAAUAUAAAGCGACGGCUUCCACGAAUGGUGCUUUGGCUCCAUCUGCUGGACAGAAAAUACCAAACAGUAACUGAACCAAAACCUCAGGGCGACUUCACGGACCACAGGUGUUCCGUGUUCAGUGAGGAACAACAGAAACAACAGAAGACGGAGAGGAAACCUGACAAAAGUGGUUCAACGUUUGCAAUAUAUUUAUGGCCUGUAAUAUAGAAAAAUGUUCAGAUCUGAAGAAAUGGAAUGUAUUCCGUAAAAAGUUCUAGUUUAAGUCUGUAUGUAGCGCGCAUCAACUUAGAACUUUUUAAUUGGUGUCAUCAUGUUUAGGCUCGUCUCAGACGUCACUGUUCAAACAGGGCUGAUUCUCCAGGAAGAGAGAGUUGAAUGUUUACAGCGCGGCCUGUCAGGAGUGAAGGGAAACUCUUAUAUUAAGAACCAUGCACGUAGUGAAGAGCUUCCGCUUCGUCUGUGUGAUCAAAUACUGUGAUUCUUACCUGGACCAAUAAGGACCAGUGGAGCCAAACAUGUGCUUGUGCUGACAGAUACAUAUCUGAUGAAUAUCUUUUUAUUCUUUGUUUGAAUUUUUUGUACUGUUAUGACGUUGCACUUUUAAGUAUCAAAUAUCUGAGACAGACCUGAAAUGUUCUUUCUAACUGUGACCCCGUGACCUCCAGGUACCAAAAAGAUGUCAGUGAUUAAACUAACUCUUCAGGAAUUUCUUAAAAAUUAACGUUAAAAUCACAUCAGUCAUUUUAGGCGUGUCAUGUCGACCACGCGGUGCUGUGUUCAUCAGCAGGGACACUGCCCUCUGUUGGUUUUUUCUAUUUUUCCCUUUUCUUUGUAGCAGCUUCGAAAUGUUCGUCAGUUAAAAUGUUUGCCCAGUAGAGGGCAGUUAUGCAAAACAAAAGUAUGGAAAAUUGUUGAGUGAUAUCAUACCAGAUGGCAGUUUGAUCCAAGACUUUGUUGGUUUGUCAGACAUGUGACCAUCAAUGAAGUGAAGAAAGUGUCGACGCCAAGAUCAAUGUGAAGAGAAGGAAUGAAAAUAAUUGGACGAUCACUUUUCUUCAGACCUAGAAAUCCCACGAGUCUCUGUGAAAAGUUUUUUUUUUAACUUGGAUUAGAUUUAUAUACUGUAACAGUGAUGAUUGACAGGUGCACUAACACAGAGACCGUGGUUCCACCAACAAUCAGGGAGGGGUUUAUAUCUGUUCUCUGCCUACUUUUCCUCAAGACGACGACUGGUUACUGGUUAAACUGGACUGGUUACUGGUUAAACCGGACUUUUGUGUCACUUUGUCCAUGUGACCAGUUGAACCUGGAGCUCAAAUAAAAGCUGUUGCAGAUGAAACUGCCAUAAA